AUGCCGCUCUUGUCUAACCCGAAAAUGAUACCCUCCUUGUUACUCAUUGCUUCUCUUGUCUCCACUACCAUUGCUGACGGCCAGGUGUUAGGAUGCUUCGACUCCCUACCAAGCUCCUUUACCAGCCAGGGCGAAUACAGCUACCAGUCCUCUCAGCAUUGUGCCGAUGCUUGUUCCAACUACGACUUUUUUGCCCUAUCCAGCGGUAACAUGUGUUACUGUGGUAGCUCCUUUGAUUCCAAUCUUAGUGAGUCCACUUCAUGUACUGUCCCCUGUGUUGGGUAUCCAAAGGAAAAUUGUGGUGGAAAAGGUGCCUAUAAUAUCUUGGCUCAAAAUGGUGUCGAUAUAAGCACCUUGACCUCCAGUAAUAGUGAUGCUGCUUCCUCCUCGUCAUCUUCCUCCUCGUCAUCUUCCUCCUCGUCAUCUACAGCUUCAUCAACUUCUACAACAGAUACCACGGCUACAAACUCCCAAAAUAUAGGCUCCUCUUCAGAUGACUCCACUUCUACAGCGGAAACAUCCCCUCAACAGUCAAAUAGUAUCGUGCUUCUUCAAACAACAACUUCUUCAUCCUCAUCAGAAUCGACCUCUUCUGCAACAUCAACAGACUCUUCCACAGACUCCACAACAAGCACAGCCACUUCAGAAACAUCAAACACAGUCUCCUCCACACUGGAUACCUCAACAACAUCCUCUGCUGAAACAGACCAAAUAACUUCACAGAAACCAUUGACCUCCUUAAGAACUACAGUUAUAGAAAACUCUUCUGCAACAGUCACCUCUCUUGUCUAUAUCACCCAAACUCCUUCGUCGCAGCCAUCGGGUACAUCCAAUAAAUCGUCCAGCCCGUCUUCUAAUAAAGGCGCCAUAAUUGGCGGUGUUGUUGGUGGUGUCUUGGGAUUCCUGGUGCUUUUGGUUGCUAUUCUCUUUCUUCUAAGACGUCGUAUUUUCUCCAAGUUCUACGACGAUCAUGAAGGAGUUGCCAUGGUGGCCGAUGACGUGGCUUAUGAGGAAGCACUCAAAUCAAAUAGUGAUAAUCCAUUCUCAAGUGAGGACGACAAAGAAGCUGAUAAGGUCCUGCUAGGUAGAAGGAGAUUGAGUGACGGAAGUUUGGCCGAUGCCGCAGACUACGGUAUGAAGAUAUUACGUGUUGCCAACCCCGAUGAUGAUUGA